AAUAGACAGAUUUUAUCAGAAAAAGUUUCAAACAUAAUGACUGAAGCAUUUUACUUUCUAUGUUUAACGUUGAAGAGGAGUCCUAAAGUAUCUAAAUGUGUACCUGAACUGGUCCUGGUUAGGAACUGGUUCACUAACUGUAGUUUUAACUGGGUUCUGCAAAAUUAUAUACAAAUCUGUGUUUGCUUUUUUUAUCAGAGGCAAUGUCUGGGUAUGUACACGCACCCACUGAUCCAGUGGAUGAGUUUGAUUCAACAAAAUGGAAUCCCCUACAGUGCACAAUAUGCAUGGAGCAUUACAAAGACCCAUGCAUUCUACAGUGCUAUCACAGUUUCUGUGCCUGUUGCGUGAAACCAAGAGUAGACGAUGGAAAGCUGCUUUGUCCUGUCUGUUGUUUUGAGACGUUGAUCAAGGAUGGAAGUGGGCUUCCCCCUCCAGACCCUAUUCUGAAGUUCCUGGUAGAAUCAUCAGCAGGGGACUCUGUACAGUGCGCAAACUGUGAUAAGGCCACUGGUGAAAUGUUCUACUGUAAAACCUGCACCCAGCCGCUGUGUGUGCAGUGUAGAGAGGAGACCCACAGAGCCAAGAUGUUCUCCAGUCACCAUGUGGUGCUCCACACCAAACAUACACGAGACAGCCAGAAGGACUGCAAGAUUCACGGUGAACCAUACAUUCUGUUUUCAACAGAGAAGAAGGUUAUGUUGUGUAUAAACUGCUUCAGGGACAUGAAAGUUGAGAGUCGCUCCCACUGUGUAGAUUUGGAGACUGCAUACAAGCAAGGAUGCCAGAAAAUUGAUGAUACCAUGCAGUCCAUACGGGACCUCCAGUGUUCAGUGAGGGAUGGUGUCCUGCUGCUACGAGCCUUGCUGGAGGAGAUUCAGACAAACGCAGAUAAUGAAAAACAGGACAUCUCUGAGCUGUAUGAUGCUAUACAGGAGAAAAUAGCACAAACAAAACAUGAUCUACUGCAGGAAAUUGACAGGCAGUUUGCUGAGAAGGAGGAGCUGUUCAAGACCCAGCUGGUCAGCCUGCGCACGUUCCUGCCCACCCUGCACGUCCACCUGGUCACAUGCGCUGCCUUCUGUAGCUCUACCAGCAAAUACGAGUUCCUGGGCUUCACCUAUGAGAUGAUGCGUCGCCUGACCGCCAUCAUCCAGGUACAGCAGCCUCUCCACCCCUCCCAGACCAGCGACAUCACCACCGACUACAAGACCAAGCUGGCACGCUGUCUCGAGGCCCUUCUCUACCCUCACAAGACUAGCUCCCCACCUGUCUCCAUAGCAACCAGCGUCUCCUCGGUCACCAGACUAGAGACAGACACCUCCAUGACCGUGACCUCCAGCCUGAUGUCUAGGGGCCAGCCUACUAGGGGCCAGCCUGGCACACUCACCAAGGAGGACAGUGCCCGCCAGGCACAGCAUAGGAAGUCUCUCAAACUGAAACUCCUCAACAACAAGGGCUUCUUUGCCGACCAUUGCAAGAAUUUUGAUGACUCUCAUAGGGAAAUGAUGAUAACUGUCAAUCGUAUGAAGCAGUGUGUGCAAGAGCUGCAGCGGGAUAUCACACUACGUAGGAGCCUGGCUCGGGAACUCACAGUGAGCGACCUCAAGGCACAGAUAGCAGACACUGAGGAGAGUCUGAACAGACACCUGGCUGAGGUGGAGGCAAAACAGCCUAGUCUAGAACAGCAUUGGGAGGAAUCCCUGGAGAUGAUAGCUGCUGAACAGGAGGUGUAUCAAGCCCAGAUCCAAGACGUGUGCCGCCUCAAGUCAGAGCUGUGUUCUGUGAGCACCAUUCUCCAGAAGCUGACCUCCUUCAUGUCUUCCAUAGCCAACGUCACGCAGAGGCUCGCACCAAAGCUGGGUAAAGCUCAGAGUUCUGCAGAUCAGGACAGCCAGCACCAGGCUCUUCUGAACACUAUCAGCACCAUGCAGCCAGACUCACAACAGAGGUGUGACGCACUGCGGGCUGCAGAGGAGGAGCGAGACAUCAAGUCAGCGCAGCGCACCAACCCCCUGGAUGAGGAACUCAUCAAGACCAAGGGACUCCUGCGUGCACCAUCGGCGCGCAAGGAGGGCGCCGUGAAGAGGCUGUCUGCAGAGAUCAAGGAGGCAGGGAAAGCUACUUCACCUACCCUUGACAGUGAUCACAAGAAUAUCUGCAGUCCCAAAGCAAGAGGGGGUUUAUUGGAAUCUGUUCUUGGUAAUGAGAAAAAUGCUUCAGUGACAAAUCUUUCUUGUGACGUAAAUUGUAACUUUAUUGAUUUAGAUCAGGUGAGUAAUGGUGUAGAGGUUAUGGUAUUGGAAGCAACUGUGCACCUGCCAAAUAAAUGUAAUGUUGAAAAAGAGGUGGAAAUAGUGCCUGAUAUGGACAAUCAGAGCUUAAAGUUUAUUGCAGUGUCUAGUAUACACAACAAUGUGCUGCCAGAUGUAACAGCCGAGUUGGUCACCCAUGAACAUGGGGCCUGUGUUGUGGCCUCUACCAUGCCCACUCCAGAGUCGGAAGGCACCAGUAGUUUCAGUGUGGUCACAUCUGACUCUGAGCAGGAAACCAGCCUUGAUUUAUCCUCCUCUGUAGGAGAGGACUCAGUGAGGCCGGGGCAUGUGAAAGGCUUGAUCGCCAAGGUUUCAGGUUUGACGAAGCUUGCUGAACAUGUCAUAGAUAAUGCUGGCGUGCAGUGUUCAGGCAUUGAGUUGUCUCUCAACAGCUCAGGGGCCGAUUAUGACAGAGUUAACAAGUUUGUGUCUAUCAGUUCACAUGAUCUGGGCAUUGAACAGCCUGCAGCUGAUGGAAUACAGCUCCAGAGUGACCCUGAUGAUGCCUAUGUGGCCAAAAGCUUACCAGAGUUGGCUCAGGUGUUUGAAUCAGGGGAGUUAAUGCAAAAGAAAAAGAGGAACCGAUCUGAAAAACACUAGCAAGUGAAAUGAGGCUAAUCGAUUUUAUUAAAUGUAAUUGAUGUUAUUUUAUAAUAAGCGGCUUUUACUUUUCAUCAAGAAGACCAAGAAUAAAAUCAUUAAAUUGUAAUAACAGUAACAUACAAAAUUGUGUGUUAGAUUUUGGACUGGUAACAGGAAUUCAAAAGUUUGUAUGCGCAUUAGCCGUAAAACUAAUUAUUGAGAUUGUAUUGGAAAAAAUUGUGCUUUUCGCUUUGCUGUGGUUUUAAUGUUUUCUUUUGUUAAUAAGCUUGAUUAUCUGCAUUUUUAAUGCAAUAUUGGAGUGUUCUUUAAUCUUGCCCUUUAUAUGACAUGUUUUUACUCAUCUUCUUUAAUUGACAUAGCAUUUGAGUACAAGAGUUUAGUUAAAGUGAGAUAGUUAGUAUGUAGACUUUAUAAUCUGUGAUAAAACACAUCUACAAUUUGUUUUCGUAGCACAUACUAUUUGAGAGACAAUGUUAUAAAGGUUAUGCUUAUUAAAAAAAUUCAUCCAAACUCCCUUCUUAUAUGUUUGUUUAUUAUGUAAACAUCAAUGAAAUACACAAUGAUCAAUUUACUGUAACAAGCAAACAGUUUUGUUCUAAAACAAGAACACCGGGUAACGGGUGCCUUGCUCGGCUGCGGGUGCAGUUUUGAAUAGAUGAAUGCUUGUCAGAAUGUUUUGUUUUUUUUAAGAGGUCACAGUGACCUUGACCUUUGACCUAGUGACCCAAAAAUGGGUGUGGCAUGUAGAACACAUCAAGGUGCAGCUACAUAUGAAGUUUUAAAGUUGUAGGUUGAAGCACUUUGAUUUAAGAGCCAAUGUUCAAAACCUUGACAAAAUGUUCAGGUUUUAGCACGACGCGGACGACGAUGGACAAGACACGACACAACAUGACAAGCUGGCUAUGACAAUACCUCGGGUAUUCUCUGAAAACAGCCGAGCUAAUAACAUGAGUUUUUUUCUCUGUUAUCUAACUUAUGAUGUUGUGCAAUGGUUUGUUAUAUAAAUAUUUAUUUAUUUCUUUAUUUAUAGUUAUAUUGUAGUAUAUAUAACAUAUUGAUUUUUGAUAUUUACAAUUUCAAAAAAACGAUUUAAAAAUUAUUUUAUUUUAUUGAACAUUUUAUCCAUUGAACAUGUUACUGCCUUAAAUGUUAAUCCCAGCUUCCACAUAUGUCAGCCUCUUUCUGGAUUUUCUUAAUAUCAAGGGAGGCGAUUUCUACAGAAUUCUCUAUUGGGAGUGUGAAAAGGUUCUAUAAUUGUAAAUACUUGUCGAUAGUGACAUUUGUAUCCUGUUUUUGUGCAAUAAUAGGGUCCGCAAAAUGUUGUACAUUUUAUUGUUUGAAAAAGAUGUGCAUGCUAUUUUAUACGUAUUGCCAAUGUAAUUGUAUGUGGCAUAUUUUUUGAAAAUGAAACAAUGCCAGUCUGCCUCAAGUCUAUUGUAAUGCAGUCAAAAGGAUGCCAUUUUCCUUUAAGUAUUUAUUAAAUUGUAAUCGACCAUAAGAGAAAUGCUUUAAAAAAAAUCAAGUCCUACACUUGUAUUGUUUUGAGUUUUUAGAUGUCUGAUCUUCUUUAAACAGUGCAUUUUGAACUAUUGAAAUAUUUGUUCUACAUUUAAAGUGGAGAAGUUGGUGUGUAUUGAUUGCAAUAAGUUUGUAUAUAAAAAAUCAGAUCUGAUAUGUCACUUACCGGUAAACUGCGUGGAAACAUGCAAAUAGUACCUAAGAACGACAUUUGCAAUCUUGUAUGCAUAAUUAAUGUAUAGCUUUGUUUGUGUUCAUUUUUGUGAGUUUAUUUUAUAUACUUGUAGCUUUUGCUAUUGUGACCUUUUGUUCAGUUUUAUUACCGUAUGUGCCAAGAAAUCUACAUUAUUUUGACGCUGCAAUAUAUCUUUCUUGUUCAAGAUAUUCUUAUAUGACUUGCUGAAUUUGUGUGUUUUUGGAGAAUAAAUAAAUUGGA